AUGUGUUUUGAGUGGACGUGGUGUUCGACAGACAUAGAAAAGUACCAAUCGAAAAUGUUGAAAGAUCUUCUAUUUCUCGGAGCAAUUACCAGCGCUGGACCUGCUGCAAUUUUAGCGUCAUUGGUGGGUCUUAAACUAGUACUUGUCAUCGGGAUGAUUUUUACCUUCUGUGGAUCCGUCAUAAUUGUGUAUUCAAUGGGUGUAUUGGCAGUACUAUACAUGGGACGAAUCCUACAAGGUUUUGGCGCUGGAGUCGUGUGUGUUAUCGUACCCAACUUUUCUGCGGAAAUUGCAGAGCCAAAAUUCAGAAGUAAAUAUUUUAAUGAAUCAAAUACAUUUAUUUCAUAA